AUGUCGAUGGAAGCUGUUCGUUUGAAGGAAGCGGGUAAUGUAUGUUUCCGUGAAAAGCGUUACCACAAAGCCAUCGAACUCUAUUCGCAAAGUCUACAAAAGCAACUCUCCGCUCCUGUUCUCGGAAAUCGCGCACAGUCGCACCUCAAUCUUGAACAAUGGCCAGAAGCGCUCGUGGAUUGCAAUCACGCACUGGAGCUCGAUUCUAAGUUCACGAAAGCCCUAUAUCGGAGAGCUUGUGCUUUGGAAAAAAUGGGUCUGAAAGCGUCAGCUGUGAAGGAUCUAGAACGGUGCCUAGCCCUGGCUCCCAAUGCUGCUGCCUCUGCACUGAAGGAAAAACUGAAUGGACAGGAGCCUCUGUCGAACGGAAAGAGCACUGCAGAGAAUGAUGGCAAAGAUUUCCGAUUUCGUGUUCCAAAAACACAUCGAGAAUUUCUAAUGGACUAUCGAGAGCUGCAGCGAUUUCCACCAGAAACAUUUGUGAAGUAUUUCCUAGCUAUUCCAACUUCUGUCUACUCGUCGCUGUUCGGUGAACUUCUUGAAGCGGAUGUGAUCGGCAGACUUCUUCGAGGGUUUGCUGUACUUCUUGCAUCAGAUGGCAUCGAAGCAAAAGCGGUUUCAACAUGCCUGCUGUCUCUUUCGGAGCUUCCACGAUUUCAGUUGUUAUCAAUGUUCUUCGGCGAUGCCGAAAAAACAGGUUGA